UUAGAGCACCCUUGCGGUCUUCCGUCAACGUGUUUAAAGACCCCAUCAUGUCCAUGCUUGCAGAACCCCGUAAAAAACAGAAGUGGUCUGUUGACCCGCGGAACAGCGCGUGGAGUAAAGACGAGUCCAAGUUCGGCCAGAAGAUGCUGGAGCGAAUGGGCUGGUCCAAAGGGAAAGGUACUGGCCUGGGGAGAACUGAGCAGGGCUCCACAGAACACAUCAAAGUCAAAGUGAAGAACAACCAGCUGGGGCUGGGAACCACUGCCAGCCACGAGGACAACUGGAUCGCCCAUCAGGAUGACUUUAACCAGCUCCUGGCAGACCUCAACAACUGCCAUGGUCAAAACACUGCCAAUGAAGCCCCGUCGGAGGAGAAACAGCAAGAGAAGUCCUUUAGCCUGGAGGAGAAGUCAAAGACGUCCAGGAAGAGGGUCCACUACAUGAAGUUCACCAAAGGGAAGGACCUGUCCAGCCGCAGCCAGACAGACCUGGCCUGUAUCUUUGGGAAGAGGGGGACGAAGCGCAUAGCCGAGGACCAGGAAGAGGAGAGCAGUGGGCCAGACUCCCAGGGAAUGAACGAGAAGGAGACCAGGGCAGUUACAGCACCAGCUACAAAGGUUACGACCCCUGAACCUGAUGUAGAGGCCAUCACCAAGACAGUCACCAGCAACCUCUCCAUGCAGGAGUACUUUGCCCAGCGGAUGGCUCAGCUGAAAAAGGGUCGUGGCGAGGCUCCCACUGCAACCUCAUCACCAGAGAACAGUGAUACGCAGCAAGUCCCGGCUGAUUUUGUCACUGACCACACAGAGGAACUCACGUCGAAGAAGAAGAAGAAGAAGAAGAGGAGAAAGAGAGAGAGGGAAGAGGAUGACGUGGUGGUGGUGGUGAAGGAAGAGUCUGUCGUAGAUCUCGUGUCGGAGGGGCGCGAGAAGAAGAGAAAGAGAAAGCGGGCGGAGAAAGAGGUGUUGGCUGAAAACUGCAGCGCCACCACUGGCGUGGAGCAGAACUACCAGGACCGCCAAAUAGUAGACUUAACAACGGAGUGCGAGGUUGUAAAUAAGAAAUGGAGGGAGGAGGUGGUUGUCGUGGAGGAUGAGGUGAUCGUGGUAAAAGAGAAGAAAUCUAAAAAGGACAAGAAGAAGAAGACAAAGAAGAGAAUAGAUCUACAUUCUUUGUAGAACUAUUAGAACUGUCUUCUCUUGAACGGUCGUCUCAAAUGGCACCCUAAUCCCUUUGUAGUGCACUACUCCCAUAUGGCUCUGAUUAUAAAGUAGUGCACUAUAUAUUAUUAUUAUAGAGAGAAUAGGGUGCCGUUUGGGAUGCACAAUAGUCCUCGGGUUUCUGUGUUACAGUACAGUAGGCCUCUGUUCAUACAUGAAAGAACUGUGUCUGUGCACAGAGUGAUUCUCAUCGGGUAGUUUGGACUGAAUAUCUGCUGGAAGGAAUCUAGGUAGUUCUACGUUGCUGGAGCCAUUCAGGAUGAGUUUGGUGCUUUCCCAGAGAUACACUUUUAUAAUGAUCCUUGUGACUCGUAUGUUCUCUGGAUGCCCCCUGUAGUCUCCCUGUAGUCUCUGCUCCCUGAAGUCUCUCUGUAGUCUCUGCUCCCUGUAGUCUCCCUGUAGUCUCUGCUCCCUGUAGUCUCCCUGUAGUCUCUGCUCCCUGUAGUCUCCCUGUAGUCUCUGCUCCCUGAAGUCUCCCUGUAGUCUCUGCUCCCUGAAGUCUCUCUGUAGUCUCUGCUCCCUGUAGUCUCUGCUCCCUGUAGUCUCCCUGUAGUCUCUGCCCCCUGUAGUCUCCCUGAAGUCUCCCUGUAGUCUCUGCCCCCUGUAGUCUCCCUGAAGUCUCCCUGUAGUCUCUGCUCCCUGAAGUCUCCCUGUAGUCUCCCUGUAGUCUCCCUGUAGUCUCUGCUCCCUGUAGUCUCCCUGUAGUCUCUGCUCCCUGUAGUCUCCCUGUAGUCUCUGCUCCCUGAAGUCUCCCUGUAGUCUCUGCUCCCUGUAGUCUCCCUGUAGUCUCUGCGCCCUGUAGUCUCCCUGUAGUCUCUGCUCCCUGUAGUCUCUGCCCCCUGUAGUCUCCCUGAAGUCUCCCUGUAGUCUCUGCUCCCUGUAGUCUCCCUGUAGUCUCUGCUCCCUGAAGUCUCCCUGUAGUCUCUGCUCCCUGUAGUCUCCCUGUAGUCUCUCUGUAGUCUCCUUGUAGUCUCCCUGUAGUCUCUGCUCCCUGUAGUCUCCCUGUAGUCUGUGUAUGAUGAUCUUUGAUGAAUUGGUAUUAGACAGCCGUUCUACAACAGGACAUGAGGGCCAUUCUAAAACAGGACAGGGGGCCAUUCUACAUCAGGACAGGGGGACAUUCUACAACAGGACAGGGGGACAUUCUAAAACAGGACAGGGGGCAUUCUACAACAGGACAG